AUGCGGCCAUCCAGCCGGGACGAGUUUGCGAUCGCGAUCAUCUGCACGCUGCCCCUCGAGGCGGAGGCCGUUGAAGCACUCUUCAACAAAACCUACGACCGGUUGAGUGCGUUCUACAAGAAACAAUCAGGGGAUAACAAUGCCUACUUUAAUAGGAGGAUCGGGUCCCAUAAUAUGGUUCUAUGCCUUAUGCCACGGAUGGGCAAAGGGAAUACUGCCAGCGUCACAGCAAGCCUGAAAAUCAGCUAUAGGAGGAUACAAGUAACACUGGUCGUUGGUAUUUGUGGCGGUGCCCCAUAUUCACCAACCAAGGAAGAGAUCUUUCUGGGUGACGUGAUUAUCAGCAACGCAGUGAUCGAGUACAACUUUGGCAGGCAAUACCGAGGUGGCUUUAUACGGAAGACUGGCAUACAGUCCCUACUGGCCGGCCUCCAGCCGCAACAGUCCCGCAGGGAACUUCAAGCGAAGAUGCUACAGCAUCUACGCGUAAUCCAGGCCGCACAACCUCGUUGGCGACAGCCGAGCUCUGCGGACGAUGUUCUGUAUGAGGCAUCCUAUCAACACAAGCAUUACGGUUCAGAGUCACCUCACCUGUGCAGCUAUCUUGAUAAUACGUCCGAUAAAGUCUGCCAGGAGGCUCUGGACGCAAGCUGCAUCCUUCUAGGCUAUACGCAGGAUCAGAUCUAUCAACAUCAAUACUAUCUGGAAAGCUCCAAUCCAACUAUACAGAUCAGGACCGUUGCUUCUGCGGAUACUCUCCGUAGUCCAGGUGCACUGGGCAUCCUUUCACUGAAGAAAGACUCUUCUCCUAUACUCUUAUUGCGGACAUCAUGUCCAAGAGUGCACGUGGAUUGUAGGUUAGACAAGGAGCUUCCAAAAUAUAUUGCGGGAGUUAAGCAAGUGCUGCCCAUAUGGUUGUUGAUGGGCUGGGCUCCUACUGUCAAUGAUCGACAUCUCUCCUUCCGAAUCUGAUUUAUCUCUUCAUGGGCUGGCUUGCAUUACCCAAAUACGGUACAGGAUCGCUAUACCUUAACCGCUGUCGAUCUUUGGCAUCUUGUCUUUUAAUAUUGGUGCCAGCUUACUCAUACCCUAUGAUUAUAGACUCGCGGCCGAGCCCACUUCCAUGCGGCCCCUGUUAAACCAAUGCCGUGCCUACCAGGAGUCGAUGCAUUGAGAAGCUUAUCCUAUGAGGUGCGGAACUGCCCCCGUCCCAGGAAAUUGCUAAUUGUUAGUUUCACAACGCAUAGGUGCAUCCGACAGCCCAGCCUGAUUACCGACGUGGUUACUGACGUCGAGUUCAUCUUGAAAACACGUUCGAAUAAACAUGGGCGGCCACGUGGGGUAAUAAGGAAUUGCCUCUAGGCAACCAUUGAUUACUCU